UAACACUGAAGUACAUCUUUUUAGUUAUGUAACUGAAAUUGAAUGAUAUAUUCCAAUAAUACAUUGAAAGAAAGUUUGCAUGAAAUUGGACAAAGUUACAUGUGGGUCGAUUUUGGCACUGUAUGUACGUUAAAUCGUGCUUUUUGGAACGUAGAGAGAAAUUACUGGAAGAGUGGAAGCAGCAAGUGUAAUAGUGAAUAAAAGUUACUGUAUCGUACGGCAACUCUGAUACUAUAAUUUUCGUUUUUCUAUUGACAUAGUCAAGUUGUUCCAUUAUGUCAGAUUGGGACACUGCUCCUAUUACUCUGCGAAAACGUCCUCCAAAAGCUUCUGUACUCAAAUCGGAACAGGCGGUGAAUGCUGCACGUCGUCAAGGAUUUGUCAUUGAAACACAAGCAAAAUGGGGUGGUGGAACAAACAGGCAGCAUGUAGCAACUAAAAAUACCGCUAAAUUAGACAGAGAAACCGAAGAACUUAAACAUGACAAAAUUCCACUUGAUCUUGGUAAAUUAAUUCAACAGGGACGACAGAAUAAAGGAUUGUCUCAGAAAGAUCUUGCAACGAAAGUAAAUGAAAAGGCACAAGUUAUCAAUGACUAUGAAGCAGGUCGUGGAAUUCCAAAUCAAAUGGUGAUUGGUAAAAUUGAACGAGUAUUGGGAAUAAAAUUACGUGGAAAAGAUCGUGGUAAACCUUUAACAGCACCUGGGGCGAAAAAAUGAAUCUCAGGAAAAAUCACUCUACUUCUUAUCCUUAUAUAUUGUUCCCUAAACAGAACUGCAAAAAAAAUUGUAGGAUUGAGAACAUCAACUAUUUCCACCUCCUUUACCUUUGGUUACUUUAUUAUAUACGUUAAAAUAAAAUACUAUUUUAUUAAAUAUAUUAUUGUGUAUAAUAAAAUAGAUUCUUAUAGUAUGCCUUCAUGUAUAAAAUACAAGAAAUACGUCUUUAUUUAAUUUUGAAAAAGUUAGAAGUACUUAGUUCUAAAAUGGGAAGUUAUUAAACUAUCUUUAUACAGAGUUUUCUUAUAUUUUUUUUUUU